UAUGCCCUGCCUCCCUCCUCUCCUCUCAAUAGUGAUCUACACUUUGUGUGCACACUGCAUCAUGAUGCACGGAGGCAGCUUCUGGGGUGUUUCCUUGUUCCUGUCCCUGACUUUAGGAUGGACGAGGGCUCAGCAGACCAAUUACACCAGGCCUGUCUUCUAUUGUGGAGGCGACCUGGUUUCAGACUCGGGCUUUGUCGGCAGUGAAGGUUUCCCGAGCUCCUACAAACCCAACAGCAAAUGCACCUGGCGUAUCACUGUACCCGAGGGGAACGUGGUCAUGCUCACCUUCCGCAUUUUCGACCUGGAGGCCGAUGCGCUGUGUCGUUAUGACUAUCUCGAUGUUUACAAUGGCCAUUCCAACCUGGUGCAAAAACUGGGUCGCUUCUGUGGAACUUUCCGGCCUGGCGCUCUCAUUUCGACCACAAACACCAUGAUGUUAGAGAUGGUGUCGGACGGGGAGACUCAGGCAAGAGGGUUCGUGGCCUAUUUCAGUGGAACCAAACCAUAUGUGGAUGACCAACAGUUCUGUGGGGGGAAGAUAACAAAAGCCCAGGGAGAGAUCACAACGCCCAACUGGCCAGACAAGAAAUACCCGCUGGGAUCCAGCUGCUCAUGGCUCAUCACCGUGGAGCCCGAUAUGGUAAUCCAAGUCAAGUUCGAUAAGUUCGUCUUGGAGGCCGACACCUAUUGUCGGUUCGACUACGUGGCGUUCUACAAUGGCGGAGAGAAACACGAUUCGCACCUGAUUGGAAAAUACUGUGGUGAUCAGACCCCAGAACCAUUUCUUAGCAAAGGUAAUGUGCUCCUGGUCCAGUUUGUGUCCGACCUCAGUGUCCCAUCCGACGGAUUCCUUGCCCACUACACCAGCGUCCCUCGUGGUUCUCAGAUCACAACGGUUGACUCGGGAGCUGGAACAAGAGCCAUCCCCCGAAAACCUGCAGUGAAACCUCAACGUCCAGUAGAGACUGUGAAGCCUCCUGUACCCACCCCCAAGUAUGUACCACCUCCACCCCCUGAGCCCACCGAGAGACCUAAACCAGUCAAACCUGUGAGGACCCGCGGACAAGACAGCACAGGCCAGGACAGGAGGCCGGUAGUCCCAAGGCCAAAUGGAAAGAGGCCUGUGGCUCAAAAUCCACUGUGUGCCAAAACCUGUAAAAGAGAUGGAACCAUCAAGACCAGUUUCUGUGCCAGUGAAUUUGUGAUAACUGGGAAGGUGACCUCUCUGGCCCCUGGACCCCGUGGGACUCUCAAUGUUGGCAUCUCCAUUAUUAGGACUUACAAGGCAGGUCGAAUGAUAAUCACACAAGUGGGAGAAGCCAUGUCCGUGAAGCUGGUGUCACAGUGCAAGAAGUGCCCGUUGUUCCGAAGAGGCGGCGACUACAUUAUCAUGGGUCAGGUGGACGAGAACGGACAGGGUACCCUGCAUCCUGGUGCAUUCACAGCUCCCUACAAAGCCCCACAUCACAAACUUUUAAUAAAUAUCCAAAACCAGCCCUGUUAACCCUGCACAUCUGUCCUGACCAAGACAUAUCAUACACACACACUCACACACAAAUCCAGAAUAUUCAAUGUGAAAUACAGAUGUACUGAAGCACAAACAUUGGAGUAAAACAUAACUUCAUUUCCCCCCCCCAUCAUUUUAAAAGGUAUACAAACACAUCUUUCCAUUAAAACACCUACCAAACCUUGUGUUUGUAAUUUAUAUAUGAAUAAAGGUUUUUAUAGCUCUCUUA